AUUGUAACAGCGUCAAAGAAUGCCCGUUGGUAGCGCGUCACCGCAUCAAACAUGUCUGUCAGCGGGUCUCUGCUAUAAGCGUCGGACGCGCUCAGGACGCGUUUCAAAACAACGACACAACGCGCUUAAUGCGACUGCGGGUAUUAUACACGGUUUCGUGCGGCAGAGAGGAAUGAUUAUUCACAAUAGAUGGAUUAAUAUUAAAUAAAGGCCUAGUUAUCGACUGCCGCUGGAGCCUCAUUUGAAGCGUCGCUGUGAUCCCGGUGCACAAUGCUCUGUGAUGGACAAGAGGAGGAGGACAGUGGUCCGUCAACCCUGUGUUUAUGACCAGUCAGCCCAGUGACUCCCACUCAUGCCAUAGAUGUCCUUUCCUUAGCUCACUGAGCUUACUUUAUUUUCUCCUUGUCACCCCUGUUAUCCUUCCUCUCUUCCCUCUCUCAUGCAUCUUGCUUCACCCUCACUCCAUCUCUCUGCUCUUAUCUCUCCCUUGUCCACCCCUUUUGACUUUCCUGUCCUCCCUUCCUCUGUCACUCCUGCUCCAUUUUGGAUGUCAUAAUGGUGUGCUGCGGUCGAGCGCUGGACUCCCCCUGCACUCUGGCUCUGUUGGUGGGCUUCCAGUUUGCGUUUGUCCUGUACUUCUCUCUGGGAGGCUUUCGUGGCCUAGUGUCUGUUUUGGUUCAUUCCACCGAGCCUGAGAUUGACUACUCUCGACCGCAUGACGUCUACACCAACCUCACCUCUCUGCUGCUCCACCAUCCAGGACCCAGUGGACCAGAACAGCAGCUCAGGGACUGUACACUGCCCUCUCCACUGCUGGUGGGUCCUGUUUCUGUCCACCUCUCCACACCCCCCUCCCUAGAGGAGAUAAAAGAGAAGAACCCCUUGGUGACCUUAGGGGGUCAUUACCGCCCACCAGACUGUGAGCCACGGCACCACACAGCCAUCGUGGUCCCCUACCGGAACCGCCAGACCCACCUCCGCGCCCUCCUCUACCAUCUGCACCCCUUUUUGCAGCGCCAGCAGGUCCACUACGGCAUUUACAUUGUGCACCAGUCAGGGAACUCCACGUUUAACCGAGCAAAGUUGCUGAAUGUUGGAGUGCGAGAGGCGCUGAAAGAGGAGGACUGGAGCUGUAUUUUCCUGCAUGACGUCGACCUGCUACCUGAGAAUGACCACAAUACCUACACCUGCCACCCCCAGUAUCCUACACACCUCUCUGUGGCUAUGGACAAGUUCAGAUACAGGCUUCCAUACUCUCAGUACUUCGGAGGGGUGUCUGCUGUAACUCCGGAGCAGUACCUUAAAAUGAACGGCUUUCCGAACCAGUAUUGGGGCUGGGGAGGGGAGGACGAUGACAUCGCAGCUCGAGUCCGUCUCUCUGGGAUGAAGAUAAUGCGUCCCCCUUUGGCCAUUGGUCAUUAUAAGAUGAUCAAACAUAAAGGAGAUCGGGGUAAUGAGCAGAACCCGAGAAGGUUUGAUUUGCUGAAGCGCACAAGGCUGAACUGGCGCUCAGAUGGACUGAACUCACUGACAUAUGAGCUCCUGUCCAAAGAGUUGGAGCCAUUGUACACCAAUUUGUCUGUCAACAUUGGGGAUGAUCCACACCAUCCCACUUUGAAGGCUCCUCCCCGGAAGUCACAUCCUCAACCUGCUCCAACUAACAAGACAAAAACUGAAAAAGUGGGUGUGGCCAUCACUAAUUCCACGAAAGUAGAGCCCACCCACUUGAAAGCCAGUAAUGAAAGUUCAAGUGUUGUUAAAAAAGCUCCUGUGAACCAAGAAGUAGGAUGAUAUUGACAAUCGAGUUUCCACAGAUGCUUCACAGGGUGAGUUAUUAACAGACAAUGGAGGGAAUACCAGUUUGCGCUUUGUUUUAUAUCGUGAAGCAUUGCUACUUGGCAAAUAAGUUCAUUCCACUGAAAGUUGACUGAAACUGUUCAGCCAUCUCUGAAUGUUGCUCAGCUGCUGAUAUGGUGACAUUUGCACAAGUCUGGAAUCAUUUGCUGAAGAUCUCGUUUUGCUGUAGGAGUCGUAUCAGAAUGGGCUAAGUUGUAAACGCUCUCGAAAGUGACCUAUCGACGUACCUGUGCAAGUCCCGUGUGUUUUUGAGCCGACCUGCUGCCAGCUGCUGCUCUUCAUCCCACUGUGUGGGUCUGUUUUUCUGUGCCUUUUCUUACCCUUGAACCAGUCUCUUAUCAACAUGCCAUGACUCAGCCAAAAGCAUUAUUACUGCACACCACUGUUAUUAAUACUAGAGUUGAGUGAUCAUUCCACAUGUUUAUCUGUUUUUCUCUUCUUUUAAUAUCUAAUCAGCACACACUGCUUUGUGAUCUAGUGCUUGAGCAGACGUGUAUCACUGUGGUCUAUUUUUGGUCUAACUGUACAAACUUAGAAAGGUGUGAUCUUUGAUAGUGAGCACUGGUUUAUUUUCUCUUUUAGCUGCUCAGAUACCUAUUAAUAGUUUUAUGAUACAGUGUAAAAGAGUUUAAUUAUUUUAGGUAUUGUGUGGUGCCUUUGUUGGAUUCCAUUUUGGUUGUAGACAAUCAUUGGGAUAAGCAUAUAAAGUGACAAAAAAUAUUUACAAUCUUUACAGACUUCUAUUAUUUGAAUUUGGGAAUAUGUUUCUGUUAAAUUGAAUAGAUUUGAUGGUUUAGGUUGAAGGCGUGAAUUUAGUGUACGAUGUUAGUUGACAUUUUAAGAUUUUAUAAACCGUAAACAGGUAAUGGGUACUUUUAUGGUUAGUAAUAUAGCAGCAAGAAUAAAUUUUAUUUGUUAGUCAAAAAUAUUGGUUGUAUCACCAUCAUGGCACUUUUUCAGUAUAUAAAUGAAACUGCACUCUGCAUUAAAUACAAUUCUUGAGUAUAAGCUACAUUUGAAGAACAAUGAUAUCAGCGGCAGACAUUUUCUUUUGAAGUUCUUUUGAAAAUAAAAUUGCAUUGCACAUUAUAUUAGCAGAUCCACUGACAUUUUUUCCCAACUACAUGCUAUUAGGAAAGAUUAAAUAAUUUUCUGUAAAAGAUAGUCUGAAGGUGCUCAUGUGACAUAUCUUGCUGUAUGUACAACAUAUUUCAAACCUAGAUAUACAUUUCAAAGAGUCUGUUUAAAGAUCAGUAUAUGUAUUCUGAUUUUGAUACACAAUUAUUAGUAUGACCAACUGAUAACAUUUGCCUUUGUAUUAAAACUACAAAAAGUGUAGCUUUUUGUAAAUAAAUGCAUGUGGCAGGUAAAUAUAUUUCAUCCUAGCAUAUUUGCAAGACCCUUGUAUACCAUAUAUAUAAUUAUUAAAGUAUAUAGUUUUCUAUCAGAUAUUUGGAAUUAGUGUUAAACUACUUUGAUGCCUAAUAGUCUCUAGCUUGAGAACACUAUUAGAUCUGAUAUUAACAGUUUAGAUGUGACCUACUCAUGUCAUUCUUGGUCAGACAAUUUGUUGAUUUGAAUGUGUAUUUUUUGGCUAUGAAGACUGUUUGCUUUUUAUAUAUAUAUAUAUAUAUAAUAUAUAUAUAUAUAUAUAUAUAUAUAUAUAUAUAUAUAUAUAUAUAUAAAUUAUGGAUCCUCUGAAGCUCUGCAUUUCCAUCUGUGUGAGUUACAUUGAAGUUUGCCACUGAUAUUACUACUGAAGAGUUAUCUUGUAAAUAAACACAUCGACAACAUUGUAACAUUGUGAGUUGACCAUGCAGCUGUUUUAUUGAACGUUUAUCAACGGAGAGUGGAAAAAUGUUUUAACAAGAGUCCUGGGCCUUCACCUAAGGACCUGUGACUGACUUAGAGGGAUUCAUAAAGGGGUAAUUGAUCCAAAAAUGUAAAUUCUGUCAUCAUUUACUGACCCUCAUGUUGUUCCAAACCUGUAUGACUGACUGACUAUUAUUGUGAAUAAUGUUGGUAACCAGACAAUUUUGGUGACCAUUGACAAAAUUGAAAAUACCUUCUUAUGUUCCACAGAAAAAAGAAAGUCAUAGAGGUUUGGAAUGACAUGAGGAUGGGUAAACAAUGACAGAAUUUUAAUUUUUGGUUGAACCAUCCCUGUAAGUUCAACUUUGGUUUCCCAGGCUUUCAGUGUCUGCUACCAAAAUCACUCAUUUGCUUUCAGGCACCACAAAAAUUAACCGAUGACUAGUGAAUCAAGCUGAUUUUGUGUUGUAUGGGCCCUACAGGUUUGUCAGUGCAUUAUUGAGCAAAUAAAGAAAAAAUAUUAACAAAUCUCUAA